AUGGGAAUCCUCAGGAAAUCCAUGGAAUCCACAGAAAUCCUGAGGAAAUCCACAGGAAUCCGUGGAAAUCCUCAGGAAAUCCAUCGGAAUCUAUGGGAAUCCAUGGAAAUUCUCAGGAAUUUACAGGAAUCCCUGGAAAACCUCAGGAAAUCCAUGGAAAUCCUCAGGAAUCCACAGGAAAUCCACGGGAAUCCUCAGGAAUCCGUGGAAAUCCUCAAGAAAUCCAUGGGAAUUCGCAGGAAUUCGUGGAAUUCCGUGGAAAUGGAUGGGAGUCUAUGGAAAUCCUCAGGCGUUCAUGGGAAUUCACGGAAAUCCUCAGGAAUUGAUGGGAAUCUAUGGAAAUCCUCGGGAAUUCAUGGGAAUCCUCGGGAAUCCACGGGAAAUCCUUGGGAAUCCACGGGAAAUCCAUUGAAUCCGCGGGAAAUCCACGGAAUCUGUGGGAAUCCACAGGAAAUCCUUGGGAAUCCACGGGAAAUCCAUGGAAUCCACGGGAAAUCCAUGGAAUCCACGGGAAAUCCACGGAAUCCACGGGAAAUCCAUGAAAUCCGCAGGAAAUCCACGGAAUCCGCGGGAAUCCCGCCCACCACGAACUCCAGAUCCCACAACUCCUCCAUUGUUGCGCGUCCUCCCGGGCGGGAGCGGAAACGGGGAAUUCCCGCGGUUUUUGGGGAAUUCCCGCGGUUUUUGGGGAAUUCCCGCGGUUUUUGGGGAAUUCCCACGGUUUUGGGAAUUCCCGGUUUUUGGGAAUUCUCGCGGUUUCGGCCGGAGGCGGCUCCCGGCGGUCACGGCUCUGGGAGCGCGGCGGUGCCGGCGGCGACGAUGGCAACAACGGUGAUGAGCGAUGGAGAUGACGAUGAGCAACAACGGUGAUGGGUGACAACAACAGUGACCAUGGCCAACGAUGGUGACAAUGGCCAACGAUGGUGACAAUGGCCAACGAUGGUGACAAUGACCAACGAUGGGGACAAUGACCAACGAUGGUGACAAUGACCAACGAUGGUGACAAUGGCCAUGGCCAACGAUGGUGACAAUGACCAACGA